AUGCAGACCAACGUGGUUUCAGCAACCAUACCCGAGACAGAACCAUACCCGAGACAGGACCAUACCGGGGAGACAGGACCUUACCCGAGACAGAACCAUACCCGAGACAGGACCUUACCCGAGACAGGACCAUACCCGAGACAGAACCAUACCCGAGACAGGGCCAUACCCGAGACAGGGCCUUACCCGAGACAGAACCAUACCCGAGACAGGGCCAUACCCGAGACAGGGCCUUACCCGAGACAGGGCCUUACCCGAGACAGAACCAUACCCGAGACAGGGCCUUACCCGAGACAGGGCCUUACCCGAGACAGGACCAUACCCGAGACAGGGCCUUACCCGAGACAGGGCCUUACCCGAGACAGGAUCAUACCUGAGACAGGGCCUUACCCGAGACAGGGCCUUACCCGAGACAGGAUCAUACCCGAGACAGGGCCUUACCCGAGACAGGAUCAUACCCGAGACAGGAUCAUACCCGAGACAGGGCCUUACCCGAGACAGGAUCAUACCCGAGACAGGACCAUACCGGAGACAGGACCUUACCCGAGACAGGACCAUACCCCAGACAGGACCUUACCCGAGACAGAACCAUACCGAGACAGGGCCUUACCUGAAACAGGGCCUUACCCGAGACAGGAUCAUACCCGAGACAGGAUCAUACCCGAGACAGGAUCAUACCCGAGACAGAACCAUACCCGAGACAGAACCUUACCCGAGACAGGGCCUUACCCGAGACAGGGCCUUACCCGAGACAGAACCAUACCCGAGACAGAACCAUACCCGAGACAGGGCCUUACCCGAGACAGGGCCUUACCCGAGACAGGAUCACACCCGAGACAGGGCCUUACCCAAGACAGGAUCAUACCCGAGACAGGACCAUACCUGAGAUAG